AAAUCAAAACAAAACGCCUCGAAUAUCAAGAUGGCGGAGGCAGUAGCGGAAGAUCGUGUCAGUUCGUCUGAUGAAGAAUUGGAUGAAAUUGAUGCUCCUUUAAGUGAAAAAGAUAAAACGAGAACAGAUAUAACCCAGGAAAAAUCAAUUAAUAAAUUAGACUACUUUAUAUCAAAUGGAUUGCGACAGGUUUUUGAACAACUAGAUGUUAAGAGCAAGGGAAGUCUGGCCAAAACACAGCUGCAAGUUAUCUGUGCAAAUAUUUGUAACGUUUUGAAGCUUAAUUAUAGUGCUGAAGAACUUGUUGGAUACCAGAAAGAAAAAGUAGAAUUAACAUUUGCUGAAUUUUUGAGUUAUAUUAAUGAUGAAUUAUUACCGAAAGUGUCUGGCGAAAAAAUCGACGUCGAAAAAUUUGAUCGAGUUGCAUGGACCAUUGUAGAAAAAGAAAGGAAAAAUUGUGCAUUAAAAAUACUGUCUGAUGAAGAAUUAUUUCGGUUAUGGCAGGCUUUUAAUAAAAUAAACAUUAAUAAUACCAGUACAAUGGAUAUUGAAGAAGUUGCUGUUUUACUGCAGGAAUUUAUGCAAGCUAUUGGAACACCAUGGACGAAAGGUCCAUUAGAUGACUUUACUGAGAAACUUGAACUGACAUUUUGGGAAUUUGUUAACUGUUUGGAGACAAAGUAUAUAAAUAAUACACCUAAAAGUGUUUACAUUGAAGGAUUGGAAUCUAUAUCAAAAAGAUACAUUAAAGAAGUUAUUAAAAAUGGCACGCUAACUAAAAAGGGACAUCGUAUCAAAUCAAUGAAGACAAGAUUUUUCAUAUUGGUACCACAUCAGUUGUCGUACCAUGAAAAUAAAAAUAAUUUAAAUAAAAAGAAAGGAAUUAUUGCAAUUAACAAGCUUGCUAAAGUUGAAAGUAUUGCAGAUUCGAAAAACGCAAAAUGUCGAUUCACAGUGAUAUGUGGUAACAAAAGUACGCAAUACGAAAUGGAGGCUGUCGACCAAAAAACUAAGAAUGAAUGGAUAGUUGCCAUUCAACAAUGCAUUGACUCUGCUGACGAUGAAACACCUCUUAUAAAAGAACUUAGGAAGAGAUCGAACGAAAGAUUGGAAAGGCGGGAAAAACAAGCUGAAGAAGAAAAACAACGUUUGGAGCAGCAGGAGCUGAUACGAAAACAGUUAGAGGAUUUGGAGCUUACACGACAAGCGCGUGAUCAAGCGCAAGCACAAGCCGAAAGUGAAGCAGCUUUGCUAGAAGAAGAAAGAAAAAGAAGAGAGGAACUCGAAGCUUUAAAGGCUGAGUACGAAAGGUUGUUGGAAGAAGAGAGAAACGCGCGUGAUGCUGAGAGUCAGGUUCGAGUUAGACAACAGACUAUUUUAGAAGAAGAAAUGUUAAAGCGCCAAAAACUGGAAGACAUUAAAGCCGAACAGGAUCGAAUAUUAGAAGAAGAACGGAAGGUCCGAGAAGGUUUGGAAGAAGUUUCAAAAGAACAAGCAAAAGCUUUAGAGGAGGAACGUGAACGGUUGGAAGCACUGGAGAAAGCACGCCGUGAAGCAGAGGAAGAGGUACAAGCCAUGCAUUUUAAACUAGAAGCAGCUGAAGCCGAAAGAAGAGAAGCUGCUGCGAAAGUUGAAGCCGCGAAACAGAGAACUCGGAUGAUGAAAAUGCCUGUAGGACUGGCAAGACCUCUUGCUCUUGAACAGAAAGGUGUCACGACACAUCGUGGAUUAGGUUCCUUUGUGGACGAAGAUUUUUCAAAAACACCAAUUUACCUCUCCAACGAAGAAAGACCAGAAGCUAUCAACAAAAGAGAAUUACCAGGUGAGGAUCGUGCUCAAAUUGUGGAAACUAAUCUAGUCAAACCCUCACGUGGUAAAGAAACCUUCGAAGGUGUCAGCGAUACAAAUAAAGAUGGCGGCAAAGAAUCUAGAGAUACGAAGACUGAUGCUUAAAAUCUUUUUAUAUAUAUAUAUAUAUCUUCUAUUUUUCUUUACACCAACGUAAUUAUUUAUUUUUUUAACAAAAGUGUAUUUAUAAUGUGCAAACAGAAAGAAGCCCCACACACCAUUACACUCGGUUCAACAACAAACAACUUGAUAUCAUAAAGAAGUUACCAUGUUAGUUUGUUAUAAUGUAUAGACAACAACUCACGCUUUCUUUGUACCAGUGCAUUUUUUAUAGUUAUUUUUACUAUUUUUAUGCAAAUGUUUUUUUGAAUUUUAAAAGGUUUUGAUACUAAUUAAAAUGUAAAGUUUAACCACAACUUUAUUUUUUAAGUUUCUGAAA